AUGGACAACGACUUGACACUGUUCCAAAAGGUUCUGCAGGAGUACAAGGAAAGCACUGAGCGACAGCGAAGGGUGAGGUGUGUAGACGACGUGUCGAUGGGUGUUGACGAAUGUCAGCACACACAAACAGUGGACGACAAGGGCUUUAUGACCUGCUUAGACUAUGGAGAAGAGCUGUGCAAGACCACAAGUCAUGAGCGAAGAUUUGGUGACGAAACCCGUGUGUCAUACCGAAGACAGGUCGAAAGGGGCAUCCGGAACGACGUCAGGGGUCUGAACUUUGCGGACAUUGUUGCCGCCAAGGCGGACAGCUUGUACCAGCAGUUUACGGGUGGUAGUUUUUACCGAGGAAGGAAACGCAGGUCGAUAAUCUUUGCAUGCUUUUACUACGCCUAUAGGAUGUUGGGAAUCCCUCAGGACUACAAGUCACUGCUCACUGACUUUAGGAUAUCUAGUCGUCAUGGGUACUUUGGUAUAAAAUACAUGGGUGUGAACAACCCUGACAGAGUGACUCUCUUCGACAAGAACUUGACCCACUUUGUCUACACACAGAGACUAGUCAGACACCUUGGUCUUAGUGAGAAGGAUUUCGACUCGUUGGUCAGACUCAGACACUUGACACACAAUCGGUCGUCGGUUCUGAACAAGGCGCGUUCGCAGAGUCUGGCUGUAGGCUGCAGGCUGGUGCUGUACCUUUUGAAGAAGAGGACUGAGCGACAACGAAUGUAUCGAGACCAAAGAGGGUAAGUGAACUGACAGCAGUCACCAUCAAGAAGGUGGAGAGGGAGGUGAGGAGGACCCUCGGGCGGACAAAUGAAAUAUCUAUCUAAAGAACAAGGGUCAUAGGUAUAAGACAAAUGGACCUCACAAGACUAAAGGUACGCGAGUUGAGAGACUUGGCCAGGUCACGAGGACUGAAAGGCUGGACUGCACUAAGGAAGAAGCACUGAGGAACUUUAUAGAGGAAAAGGUCGCACAGAGUGUGCACACCAUUGCCGACGACAAAACACCAGUGAUGACACCAACAAAAAUACAAGAGACCAAGACAACGACCAAGACCAUGGUAAAAAGAGAGACUUGCGUAGUGGCGGAGGUGGUUGGUCGAUCACGUUCCUGAGUGUGUCAGAAAACCAGUGAGCGACGCCUGGACAACAAUGUAAGACACAGUCAUAGGACUGUACAGCGGUAAUACAGAGCAACCGGCGAAGCGGAAGCAACGACAGGAACCGGAGGAGCGACGACAGUGGCAACGACCACGGCGACGACAAGAACCGGCGGAGCAACAGCAACGACAGGAAAGGACAGAGACAACCCAGACAGUGAAGGAGACCAGAUCAGCACUUACUGUAAGAAUUUUGUGACAAAGUACACAGUGGAGGCAGAGGAAGGUGUUGUUGACAUGAAGACGUUCCUGGAGAGAGUAAGAAAGCCAGUCGUAGAGUUACUAGAGAAGUCGGAUAACGUCAAAGUGCACACAGAAGUGGAGUGUGUGAUGGAAAGGAGAAACCCUGACGACGGUGACUCCACAGAGAGCACGUCAUCGUUCAAGGCAAAGACAAAGCUCGUCUGUGACAACGUCGACGACCUGUACGACACCGUCGUUGGCGAGAUGCUGAGGAACUUUAUAGAGUACCAAAGGAACGGCAGUGGAUGGGUCCUUAGAAGAGUGGAACGUCUGACCAUUCAUGUCAUACAGUUCGAACCACUAAGUGGGUCAUCGUUCAUUCCGUUACCGGAGGGACUGAAAGGCAAGAGGGUAAUAGUCAACAUGAAGAACAACGACAACGAAUGCUUCAAGUGGUCAGUGACCAGAGGACUGAACAAAGUGAAAAAGGACCAGAGCAGAGUCACGAGAGUACUAAGGAAACAGGCUGAAAAACUCGACUGGUCGAUGCUAAGGUUCCCAGUGGCUGUCAAUGACAAGAACAUUGAGGUCUUCGAAGACAUGAACGGUGUAGGUAUAAACAUCUUUGGUUACGAAGAACAUGACAAGAAGGAGGGAAAGAAGAGAGGAGUCUACCCCAUAAGGAUAACAAGGAGAAGAGGGGGUGAGGUAGUAAAUCUUCUGAUCAUCGACGACGAAGAGAAACAGCACUACUGUCUGAUCGCCGACAAGAGCAAGUUGUUUGCCAGUCAGACAAGUAAGCACAAGGGUAAAAGGUACUUCUGUGACCACUGUAUGAACGGUUUCCACUCGGAAGAGUCACGUGAGACACACAUGGAGUACUGCGCCAACAACGAGGCGGUCAAACAGGUACUUCCUGGGGAAGGUACCUUUACAAUGUUUAGGAACAAUCACAAGUCAAUGAAGAUCCCGUUCGUCGUGUACGCUGACUUUGAGUGCUUCACUGAGAGGUUGGCAGAGGAAGACCGUGACAAGAGCACUCAGUACACAAUGAGAUACCAAGAGCACAAGUCGUCAGGAUUCUGCUACAACAUCGUCUGCUCCGAACCUGGUGUGUACAACAGCAGACCGAUAAUGUACACCAAAAAGACACAGGACGACGACAUUGGUCAGAUGAUAACCAAAGACAUACAUAUCAACACGUAUUUGUGUGUGAACUACCCUAAAAAUUAA